UUUGCUCUCUUCGUUCCCGGUUCGUUGCUCUUGCGCUUGUUUUGCUGCUGGUUCCCUCACUCAGUUCCGUCACGCUGCCUGCAACAACCUCCGCAGAUCCACUCCACUCAUUGCUGGUGGGAACGAAUUUCGCCACAGGCACGCUGCACGUACGCGACAAGGACCAACUCUGUUUACUCGCGCCCACCGCUGACUUGACUGCUCCGCUCGGCUCCACCAACCGACGCCGCAUGUCUGCCGCCGCUGCCGCCCCCACCGUCGAGAAAUCAGCCCCGGAGCUCGUGCAGCCGGCGGGGCCGACGCCGGGAGGCACCCUCCCGCUGUCCGCCAUCGACAAGACCGCGGCGGCGCGCGUCUGGGUCGUCUUGGUCCAGGUGUUCCCCCAGGCCGCAGGAGACGUCGUCGGGGGCCAGGACGCCGCCGUGGCGGCGAUGCGCGACGGCUUCGCGAGGGCGCUGGUGCCGUACUACCCGGUGGCCGGCCGCAUUGCGUACGUGAGCCCCGGGGAGCCCGUUGUGGACUGCACCGGCCAGGGCGUCUGGUUCGUGGAGGCCGCGGCGAGCUGCGCGCUCGCCGACGUGAACUACCUCGAGCGCCCGCUGCUCAUCCCCAAGGAGGAGCUGCUCCCGUGCCCGCCCCCGGAGGAGAAGCUCGAGGAUCUCAUCAUCAUGGCCCAGGUGACCAAGUUCACCUGCGGCGGGCUCGCCGUCGGCAUCAGGUUCAGCCACAUGGUGUUCGACGGGCAGGGCGCGGCUCAGUUCCUCAAGGCGGCCGGCGAGAUGGCGCGUGGGCUGCCGGCGCCGUCGGUGGCGCCGGUCUGGGACCGCGACGGCGGCCCGCCCAAGCUGCCGCGUGGCCCCGCGCCGCCGUUCACGGCGUUCAGCUUUGUCACCCAGGCGGUCGAUAUCUCGCCGGAGAGCAUCGCGCGCAUCAAGGACGGGUUCAGCGCGGCGACGGGGCAGACCUGCUCCACCUUCGACGCCGCCACGGCCGUGGUGUUCAAGUGCCGCGCGCUGGCGGCGGGGCUCCCCGACGACGCCGAGGUCCGGCUCGCCUUCGCCGCCAGCACGCGGCACCUCCUCCGGGGCGUGCUGCCGUCGGUGGAAGGCUACUACGGCAACUGCGUGUACCUCGUGGUCGCCACCCGGACCAGCAAGGCCAUCCGCGAGGCGCCGCUGCAGGAGGUGAUCGGCCUGACGCGGGGGGCCAAGGAGGCGCUCACCGCGCGGUUCACGGACUGGAUGCGCGGCGGCGCCAUGGAAGACCAUUACAGCGUGGCGCUAGACUACGGCACGGUGACGGUGUCGGACUGGAGCCGCGUCGGGUUCAACGAGGUGGACUACGGCUUCGGCGAGCCGGGGUACGUGUUCUCGCUCAACGACCACGUCAACGUCGUCGCGUCGGCGAUCUACUUCAAGCCGCCAGCGCCCAAGCGCGGCAUCCGGCUCAUGCUCCGCUGCGUUGAGGAGCCGCACGCCGCCGCGUUCGCCGACGAGCUCGCCAUGUACGCCUAGGUGGUGGUUCUUGGCUUCGCUUUGGUGUGCGUGCGUUCUCUCUCUCUCUUUUUUAAUCGGGUUUCUUAGAACCUGCUGCUCCUUGGAGCUCUCUCCGCAUCUCACGCGGCACGUGUCACCCAGUUGUGCGACUUGCAGAAGUACUGCACCAGGGGACGGCAUGCACUCGGGUCAAUGGGACUGUGGCUGCACUGACCAAACGCUGCGACCAAUGAGAUUUAAAAUACGGACGUGCGUACCAUGCCCUAAUGGGACUGUAGCAUGAUUCAUUCGGGGUAACGGACGUGCGUAGGCCCGUGUACCAUGCUAUGUGCAGUCGUCCAGACUUGCAGCACGCUUCACGCACGGUGCUUGCUUCGUCUACUCGUUUGUUUUAAAAUAAAUGCACUCUAGACUCUAUUUGAGUCCCACCUUCUAAAGCAAAGUGAUUAAACUUUUA